AUGCUUUAUCUAAAACUAAUACUUUUCGCUGUAUUUUCAACGGAGCGGUUGUCGCUGAACAGGAGAAUAUCGAGAUUUGCUGACGCCGCGGCCUGUAAAGGAUGCUCCCCGCCAUGCAUCUGCCCCGGCCAAAAAGGAGAACGGGGUGUACCAGGAUUCCAAGGUGAACGAGGUCAUCCAGGAGCACCGGGUCAGGAUGGCGGUGAGGGGCCGCAUGGCGCACCGGGUAUGCAAGGUACUGAAGGUGACUACGGCGAUCCUGGUCUCAAGGGUGUCAGGGGUGAUCGAGGCUUGCCAGGUGUCCCAGGCCAUGUUGGACUUCAAGGUCUUGAUGGUCUACCGGGCAUGAAAGGGCUAGCAGGUCCGCCGGGUCCCAGAGGCCCACCCGGUGAACCGGGACGAGCCGGAUAUCCUGGACCGCCCGGUGAAGGAGGUAUCAACUCUAUCAACAGGAAAGGUGAUCGAGGAGAUCCAGGUCGCGCUGGAUUACCGGGCUCACCGGGUUUUCCGGGAUUACCUGGACCAAAAGGCGUUAAAGGAGAUCCAGGGCCAUAUGUAAGUUGCAGUUUGCGAUUUUGUUCUUUUUUACAAAAAUCUGAGAGCAAUCGCCGACAAGCCGUACUAAUCAAAUGCAAAAAUGGCUUGCAUUUUCAUAUUUUGAUCAGAUGUUGUUUCAUCGUCAUGUUUCUCUUCGGCGUUGAAAUAGUUAGCACCCUCUCCAUUCUCCUUUAUUUUGAGCUUUUUUCAAUCACAUACCGCGCAGUUGCUGAUUCUUUUACCACAUUUACCUUACGUGGUUACCAUCCAAUAAUCCGCUUUGUCCAUCUGUUGUUUUUAAUUCUUCUUGCCACGUGGCCAAACUGCUGA